GCUUAUCUUCGUCAGGUGGCGCCACCAAUCAACGAUAGGAUUAUCUGUAUGUAAACAAAAAACAAAUUUUGUAUUAAACUUCGCAGUUAAAAUAAAGUUGUAGGUAUCUUAUAAUGAUUUUUUUGGGAAAAUAUAUUUUUAUAUUACCUCUUGUCAUAUGCAUGUGCAAUGUUAAUGAUGUUUACUGCUAUACUCCAGUUGUGCUAUGGCAUGGAAUGGGAGACAGUUGUUGCUUCCCAUUUAGUUUGGGAGCAAUAAAAAAACUAAUAGAAGAAAAAUUGCCUGGUGUGUAUGUUUAUUCCAUUCGUUUAGGAAAUAAUGUAGUAGAGGAUGUGGAAUAUGGUUAUUAUGGAAACAUUAAUGAACAAGUGUCAGAAGUUUGUAAACUUCUAUCAGAAAAUAAAUAUUUACAGAAUGGUUAUAAUGCUAUUGGAUUUUCACAGGGUGCCCAAUUCUUGAGAGCUGUUAUACAGAGAUGUCCUAAUCCACCAGUUAGAAAUUUCAUUUCUUUGGGUGGUCAGCAUCAAGGUGUUUUUGGAUUGCCAAACUGUGCCAAUAUAAAUCACAAGAUGUGUAAGCAUCUGACUCAUGUGAUUAAAUUUGGAGCAUACUUAAGGUUUGUUCAGGAAAAAUUUAUUCAGGCCACAUACUGGCAUGAUCCGUAUCAAGAAGAAGAAUAUAAGGAAAAGAGCAUAUUCCUGUCUGACAUUAACAAUGAACUUCAUAUUAAUCAGACCUACAUAGAUAAUCUCCAGAAACUACAGUCAAUGGUGUUAGUGAAAUUUGCUAAUGAUACUAUAGUUCAGCCACAAGAAACUGAAUGGUUUGGAUUUUAUGCGCCAGGACAAGAAGAGAUCAUUCAGACUCUCGAAGAAACUGAUUUGUAUCGCGAGGAUCGAUUAGGAUUGAAAGCGUUACAUAAUUCAGGAAAACUUCACUUUCUCUCUGUUCCUGGAAAUCAUUUACAAUUCACAGAGAGCUGGUUCGUCAGUAACGUGAUAAAAAUGUAUUUGUCACAAAGAAACUAUGACGUUAUAUUUAAUGUUAUAUCUUUGUAGAUUCGUUUCCUUUAUUAUCAAUUGUUAUCAAUUUUUUUACAUACUUCAGAUUCUUUGAAUAUCAUAGUUUAUGCGUAUACAUAUUAUUUAUAUUAUUAUUUUUAAGGGAACUUUGUGUUC